AUCCGGCAUGUGAGUGCGGUUCGUCGAGCCUGGAGCUUCCGGUGUCACUGAUGCCACGGUCCUGCUCGGCCAGAAGCAGAGCCAGCUACGACCUUUUCCACGAGCUGGGACUCGCUCUCAGGUGGUCCGGGACAGCGAAGCUUGGACAUGGUGGGCGAUUCAAAGCUUUGAUGUCUGGAUUAUAUUCACCGAACUGAGCCAAAUACACACAGCCAUAGACGGUGAUGAGCGAGAACUAAGACAUUCUUCUACCUGCUGCUCCAGAUCCAGACUGAAGCUCUUUGGGCUUCUUCAGACCACACUUUUUUUUCCCCUAGUUUGUUCCGGGAGCAUUUUAAAACUGUUUCUCCAACGCUUUUUCCAGAAACUUAGACUGUUUCCUAAAGCAGACGUAGCUCGGCCAUCCCCGACUGAGGUGAUGGGAAGUGUGCGAGCUAGCCGCUACAGCAUUGUGUCAUCAGAGGAGGACGGCAUGAAGCUCGCCACCAUGGCAGUUCCUAAUGGUUAUGGCAACGGCAAGAGCAAGGUGCACACCCGCCACCAACCCCAAAGCCGCUUUGUGAAGAAAGAUGGCCACUGCAAUGUUCAGUUUGUGAACGUAAGCGAGAAAGGCCAGAGGUAUUUAGCGGACAUCUUUACGACCUGCGUGGACAUCCGCUGGAGGUACAUGUUCCUCAUUUUCUGCCUAGCCUUUCUCCUGUCCUGGUUAUUUUUUGGCUGUUUCUUCUGGCUGGUGGCCAUUUUCCACGGUGACCUGGAGAACAAUGGAAAGAAGUGUGUUUCCAAUGUGAGCAGCUUUACUGCAGCUUUUCUCUUCUCCAUUGAGACUCAGACCACCAUUGGCUACGGCUACAGAUAUGUGACCGACGAAUGCCCCGCUGCAGUCUUCAUGGUGGUCUUCCAAAGCAUAGUGGGUUGCAUUAUUGAUGCCUUCAUCAUUGGUGCUGUCAUGGCAAAGAUGGCAAAGCCCAAGAAGCGAAAUGAGACUUUGGUAUUUAGCCACAAUGCCACAGUGGCCAUGAGGGACAACAAGCUUUGCUUGAUGUGGCGGGUAGGCAACUUAAGAAAAAGCCAUUUGGUGGAAGCACAUGUGCGGGCUCAACUCCUGAAGUCACGGAUGACACCAGAGGGGGAGUAUAUCCCUCUGGACCAGAUGGACAUUGACGUGGGCUUUGAUAGUGGGGUAGACCGCAUCUUCCUGGUCUCCCCCAUUACGAUUGUCCAUGUGAUCAAUGAGGAGAGUCCCUUCUAUGACAUGAGCAAGCAAGACCUGGAGAACUCUGAGUUUGAAAUUGUGGUGAUCCUGGAGGGCAUGGUGGAGGCCACCGCCAUGACCACGCAGUGCCGGAGCUCCUAUGUGGCUGGAGAGAUCCUCUGGGGGCAGCGCUUUGAGCCAGUGCUCUUUGAGGAGAAAAACUACUACAAGGUGGACUACUCCCGCUUCCACAAGACUUAUGAGGUGCCGAGCACACCUCUGUGCAGCGCCAGAGAUCUGGCUGAAAAAAAAUACAUCCUUUCAAACUCCAACUCCUUCUGCUACGAAAACGAGUUGGCUCUCGAGAGCAGAGAGGACACCGAUGAAGGCAACGGUGGCAGCGUCGGGCCGGACGGAACCCAGACAGACAAUAUCUCAGAGAAUGAGCAAAGCCAAGGCCCAGUGCCACCAGAGCCCCGCACUCUGAGACGAGAGUCUGAAAUAUGACUGAGACCUUCAAGGUCAAGAAUCACUUUAGCGGUCCUGAUGGAGCCUGGUCGGGCCAGAGGACCAGCCAACGGUACUGCUGUUACAGCGGCAGAAAAAGUUUUCAGACACCCUUAAAAUUUGGCACAAUCUCAAGUAAUAUCUUGAAAAACAAAUUUUGUCUUUCAAAAGGUGCAUCUGCAUUAUACACAGACAAAUAAAUAUAACUAUAUAACUAUGAACAAAAAAGACAUCAUCACAUUAAUAUUGAGGAGAAUGGGGUGUCGGAAAACUUUUAUCCACCGCUGUAGACUGUCCAGACUUUGAGAGACAGCACCAAUGACUGAAACACGAAGCUGAAGUCGUGAUGGGACGCUUUAAUGCUAAUAUCCUGCCUUGACUCAGUUUCUCUGUCCACCAAGAAACUGUUAUGAAACAAAUCUGCUGAUUUUUGGCAAAUAGUCUGGAACAAAGGUACAACAGGACAAUUUGUUCACGAGCUGGCCUCACUCAGACAUUGAUUUUUGCUGGUCUGAAGGAUUCGACAACUGGUGAAAUGUCAAGGACAGAAAUGUUCUCGUUUAUCUGCAAAUAACAAAUAAUUGUCUAUCGACCAAAACCCUCGAAUGUUUUGCAUAAGAUCUAAACAGUCGGAGCUCUGCACAAUUCCUAGUCAUUUUCAUCUUCAUAAGUCCUUGAAAGAAAUGUGAGGAAACAAUUGUCUCGGUAAUCUUCCAACCUUUUGCGCAUCACUUUGUUACAGUACAACAAGACCACUACGCUGUUUUGUUUUUUUUGCAUAUUCGGAAGAUUUUCAGCAGUAAAAACCAAGAUUGUUGGAACGUGAGAAUGUAUGUUCUUAAAAGUGCUGCUAACAUGUUGCCUUUAACUUUGAUGAAUGAUUUGAAAAAAGCCAGAGUUCUAUUAUCAUAGUUUGAACGGCGCCUGGUGAUUUGGUACCUAAUAGGGGACUGACAUGGUUUUGUUUUUAAUGAGUGCGAACACUAUGUUGUAAGGAAAGUCUUUACACACCUUUUUACGUUCAUGACAUUUGAGUGAGAGACGACUCAACAUCAAAUAUUUUCCUGCAACGUCUUGCGACUUGUUGCAUUAAUAAACAUUAGUUUGGGGCUUGUCACAUUUGGAGUCUGUUCACCUCAGCAAUUUGGUUUUAAUUUUUAAAAAAUACAUCAACCAAUGCCAUCUACAUUUGUCCGAAAAACUGUCCCAGCAUCUCUAUUUUUUGUUGUUCUCUCGAGCCCCCCCAUCAGAAAGUUAGCUUUUUCAACCUUGGUAUACUGUAGCAUCCAUCUGCAUGCUUGUCUUCCUCUUCUUCUCGUACUGUACCUGGUAAUUCCAUCUGCAUCCUUGUCUAACAUCACCUCCCCAUGUGACCAGGUGAAUCUGGCCUCCCAAACUUUGUCUAUGUACUGUACUUCUAUGAAUAACCGUGUUCACAGAAGUAGAUAAAGGAAAUAAAUGAAUAGGUGAAGACCCUCUUGAUGCCCAAAUAACAAUGUCCUUUAGCAAACCUACUUAACAGUAGUCAUAAAAAAUGGCCUCCAUGUCCAUCUCUAUGUUUCACCUGAAAUAAUCACUCUGAUUUAUCUUCUACAUUUUGUCCCAACUUCUUACCUGGAUUGUUACAAUCUCAGCAUCUUUACACCUGAAACUCCUGAAACAUUUGAUUUCUCACAAAAGCUUUUGCUAGGUUUUUGUUUUUUUAACCACCAACUAUGGGCGAUUAAGAAAGUCCUGUUUUAUUGUAAUAUUGUCAGCAAGAGGGUUUUAAUAUGAAAUGUCCCAUGUCCAUACGACUCCUCCAAUAAAGCUUGAACAGUCACAAAGAAAGUAACUUCUUCAUAACUUGUGCAGAAACCAGUGUUGUGUCUGGACCAGAACAUAUUUGGUGUGUAAAUUCUUUGUUGCAAAUAUUCGCUCUCAGUCUUCCAAGUGUUUGACGGAAUGUAUAAAUGUUUUUUACAGCUGUUAAUAUUAUUGUACAUGAUUGUUUUUCAAUAAAAA